AUGUUUAAGGAUGCUCAUGCAUUCAUAUCAAGAUGUGAUGCUUGCCAAAGAAUGGGAAAUAUAAGCAAGAGGAAUGAGAUGCCACAGAACUUUAUACUAGAAGUUGAAGUUUUUGAUGUUUGGGGCAUUGACUUUAUGGGACCUUUCCCAACCUCUUUUGGUGACCAAUACAUUCUAGUGGCAGUUGAUUAUGUCUCCAAAUGGGUGGAAGCCAUUGCCAGCCCUACUAAUGACGCACAAGUGGUCAUCAAGAUGUUUAAAUCCAUCAUUUUUCCAAGGUUUGGAGUGCCUAGGAUAGUCAUAAGUGAUGGAGGUUCACAUUUCAUAACAGAAUCUUUGCCAACCUUUUGA